GUGCUGAUUCUAGAGAGUUCCAUCCUCCCUCAUUGAACCUGCUUCACGAGCUGUGAACAUCAACUCUGACUCCUCUCCCUCUUCACUGCAGAGACAAUUGUGAAAAAACUCUUUUAAAAAGUUUUGAAAUAGACUUUUUGGCUUUUUUUCAACUGUCUUGAAUUUAAGAGAUUGAAGAGCACCUGCUGUUUUUUUGUGUGUUGCCCUCCAUCUCUUGGCUGUCUCUGUCACUCCCCAACACUGUGGAUGAGUGUUGAAUGAAUCUUUCUCCCCCUGGACUGAAUUUAUCUCCUGGCAAGUUCUCUGUCCUGUGAGAAUAGCCUCUGUUCCCUCUUCACAUCAUCUGUAAGAACUGACAAGUACUGUUAAACCCUAGGGAAAAACACACAAAAGUAGUUCAGGAUGGCUCUCAAUGUGCCAGGUCUGGUGGUGAUGGCAGUGUUCUACCUGUUGAUCCUGGGCACGGGCAUCUGGGCAUCCAUGCGCUCCAAGAAGGAGGAGAAGAAGUGCACAGGAGAUGGCAUGGAGAUAACACUUCUGGCUGGACGCAACAUCAACUUGCUAGUCGGCAUCUUCACUCUUACUGCAACAUGGGUGGGUGGAGGCUUCAUCCUUGGUAUAGCUGAGGCAACAUACAACCCAACGCUAGGCGCAGUGUGGGCUCUCAUGCCUGUGCCGUAUGUCCUGACCUUCUUCUUAGGUGGCUUUUUCUUUGCCAAGCCUAUGAGAGAGAACAAGUAUGUUACAAUGAUGGACCCCUUCCAACAGAAGUAUGGGAACGUCCUGAGCAGUGCGUUGAUCUUUCCCGCACUGGUGGCCGAUGUCCUGUGGGUGGCACGCACACUUGUCAGCCUGGGUGGAACUAUGAGUGUGAUCCUGGAUCUGUCCUACGUCUACUCCAUCAUCAUCUCCUCAGUGGUGGCCAUUAUCUACACACUGCUGGGGGGGCUCUACUCUGUGGCCUACACAGACGUCAUCCAGCUCAUCCUCAUCUUUGUCAGCCUGUGGGUGUGUGUUCCUUUCCUGUUGACCAACCCUCACUCUGUGGACAUCUCACUGACGGCUUACAACCAGACCUUCCAGGCUCCCUGGGUCGGCACGGUGGAACUUGAUGAGGCCGGCAAGUGGUUCGACGACUUCAUGCUGCUGGCUCUAGGGGGCUUGGCCUACCAGGCUUUCUACCAAAGAAUCCUGUCCGCCUCAUCUUACACCCAGGCUCAAGUGACCUGCUUUGCCUCCUCUGCCUUCUGCCUGGUGCUAGGUAUCCCCUCCGUGCUGGUGGGAGCUGUAGCUGCAUCUACAGACUGGAACUCGACCAGCUAUGGAUUGCCCACCCCAUAUCAGCGUGACCAGGCAGGCUCCAUCCUCCCCAUCGCCCUGCAGUACCUCACACCCCAAUAUAUCUCUGUCAUCGGCAUUGGAGCUGUAGCUGCUGCUGUCAUGUCCUCCAUGGACUCAGCUCUUCUGUCUUCUGCCUCAUUGUUCUCCUCAAAUAUUUACAAGAACAUCAUCAGGAAGCAGGCAUCAGACCGUGAGAUGCAGUGGGUGAUCCGUAUCUCAGUGGUGGUGGUGGGUCUGGCUGGCACUGCCCUCACCUUCCUGGACAGCAGCGUCCUGGUCUUCUGGCUCGUGGGCGUAGACAUGUCCUACACCAUCAUGUUCCCUCAGCUAGUCUGCAUCCUCUUCUUCAAGGUUUCUAACGGGUACGGAGCCACCGUGGGCUACAUGAUGGGAAUCAUCAUGAGGGUCCUGAGCGGUGAGCCCCUCAUUGGCCUGCCACCCGCCAUCCAGUUCCCUGGCUGCCGGCUGGAUGACGAGGGAAAGCUAACCCAGUUCUUCCCCUUCCGCACCGCCAUUAUGAUCAUCUCACUUGUGUCCAUUCUAAUUUUCUCCUGGUUGGCGUCUAUCAUUUUCAACAAGGACCUGCUGUCUGAGAAGUGGGAUGUGUUUAAGAUCAAACGCAAGCAGAAACCGACAGCCAGAGCCACGGACGACAAGAGGACCAACUCUGAUAACGAAGUAGCUGCCACGCAGCUACUGAACACCACCAGCUGCUGAGGAGGCUGCAAAGCAGGAGAGAAGAUGAGCACUGGCUGGAGGCGGACAUGUUCGUUUGUCUGCUAAGCAAGAAUUUACAGAGGGGAAGCAACGGCAAAGACGGGACGUUAAGUACAGAUUCUGUACAGUAUCACAGUGAAUUUGUGGCGAUGACGCAUAGCAGAGUGUGAUCUGAGCUCUCUGGUACCCUACUUCAUCAGUUGUCUCCCUGGCUAGGUUACGUUAGCAAACAAGUCUUAGCCAGCAUAGCAUAUAGCGAAGAUGAUUACAUGCUGUACAUACAGGCCCAGAAUAAAAUACCAGAGACUAUGCUGCAUUAUAUUUAUAUAUCGUCAUACAUCGCUGUAAUAGAAGCUGUCCACACAAAGAACCCAGAUGUAAGUUUAACGGUUGAGCCAUUUAAAUUCAUUUCCAUAAAAAAAAAAAAAAAAAAAAAAAAAAAGAAAAAUAUACAUAAGUUAAAUGUUCAGAAUGAUACAACUCAUGCCUCUUAUUCAUUAGAUACUCUUCAACAAAGAUCGGAAUUGUACAUUUGUACAGAUUUAUAUAAAUAUAUUUUUACAAACACACUAUGACAAAUUGAGACACUGCCCAAAUCCAGAGGGCAUUCUCUCCUCUUCGACAGACCUGACUUCAUUUCCUAAAGACCAUCACGCUGUGGCAACACUUUAUGGUAAAAAGACAUUCAUACAAGAAAUGGGCUUCAUCCCAAAGGAACAAUUAAUCCAGCAUAAUGAUAAAAUAGUUUACAGGCCACAUCAACAAAAUUUGUCUAUCAGAUUUUCCUUUCAUACGAAAGAGUGCAUCAGACUGCGCAAGGAACUUCUCUCUUAGUGUGAACCUCUGCAGAUGAUUUGACAAGCAUGACAGGGCUCUCUUUCACACCAGAAAAAAGAAAUGCUACCCAAAGAACAAAGAAUGGGUGCACACUGCACUAUUCCAUGGAACAUUUGUGAAAGAUGUUUUGUUAUUUAAAUUUAUUUUAAUGUGAUCUGAUUUCUUCCUUCCUCUAGCUGAUCCGCUGCCUUGGGCUGUAGUAUACAGAAACAGUAGUUAUUUUUGGCUUGUUACUUCAAAUUAGA